CUCUCUCUCCUCAUCAUUUGACAUGGGAGAAGCACAAGUACGGCAACCCAGCGUCACUGCUCAGGAAGCUAAUGAUGCAAACCCUGAUGGCCACACAAAUGGUUCAAUCAACCAGUCGCCUAAUCCUCAGCCAAGAAGAAAACUUACAAGCUGGAUUCGAAUCGGUAUCUACGCGGUGUUUGUUCUUGCCGGUCAGUCGGCAGGAAAUCUGUUGGGGAAAUUGUAUUAUGACAAAGGUGGAAAUAGCACAUGGAUUGGAUCAUUUCUUCAGGUUGCAGGCUUUCCAAUCCUGCUUCCCUACUAUCUGCUCCCAUCAAGAAAGAAUAACAAUACCAGAACAGAAAUUAGCACCAAUACGAUCAGUUCGAAAUCGCCUUCUAUAUUUGUCCUUGCAUCAUUUUAUAUGGUUCUUGGCCUAAUAUUAGCAGCAGAUUGCUAUUUUUACUCUCUCGGGCUAAUGUACCUUCCUGUGUCUACUUACUCACUCUUAUGCGCAUCCCAAUUAGCCUUCAAUGCUUUGUUCUCCUUCUUUCUCAACUCGCAAAAGUUCACUUUCUAUAUCAUAAACUCCCUGGUGCUUCUCACGACCUCCUCUAUUCUCCUUGUGUUUCAAUCGGAAUCUGAAGACACUCCUAAUAUCUCCAAAGGGAAAUAUGUGAUCGGUUUCAUUUGCACCGUAGGGGCGUGUGCAGGGUACGGAUUGGUGCUCUCCUUGACACAGUUCCUCCUCAAUAGAAUCCUGAAGAGUGAAAGUCUUUCGGCGAUCGUAGACAUCAUAGUGUUUCGAUCACUUGUUGCUAGCUUGGGAACUCUUGUUGGGCUCUUUGCGAGUGGAGAGUGGAAGGUUUUGGAUGAGGAGAUGAACUCGUUCAGGCUUGGGAAGUUAUCCUAUGUCAUGACACUUGCAUGGAUAGCCAUAACAUGGAAGCUCUUCAGCAUUGGAUCAGUGGGGUUGAUUGCUGAGGUAUCUUCACUCUUCUCCAAUGGCAUGAGCGUUUCAGGUUUUCCUAUUGUCCCGAUUUUAGCAGUCUUCUUCUUCCAUGAGAAGAUGGAUGGGAUAAAGGUUAUGGCAAUGUUGUUGGCUAUUUGGGGUUUCACUUCUUAUGUUUAUCAGAAAUACCUUGAUGAUUAUGGUUCCAGGAAAGAGAGCCAAAAUGCCAUCAGUGAAACAAGAACUUCACCCCAUAGAGAAAGAGAGAUCAAUGUUUGAAUCUGUUUGAGAAACUUCUAGGAGUUUAGUUUUACUUGUUCUGUUAGAUUACACGUUUAUAGGAUAUAUUUGUUUUAAAUAACAUAAUUACUUAGAUAAUAAGAGCAAAUGGGUGUACUGAUUUGUGAAUGUUUAAAAUUCAGUUUUGCAACUGAAAUGGUAUUUGUGGAUAUUUAAAAUUCUCGGCUAAGUGGCAUUGUUUUUUCCGGAUGGGAAUUACCCGGAUCGUUUGUGUAAUUGUAUUUCA